UUCCAAGGGGGCAGCUGUGGAGAGUCCGGGCGGCAGCAACAGCGGCGGGCGAGCCGGCAGUGGAGGCUGCCAAUUGGACUCGUAGAGAUGGCUGCCAUACGCAAGAAGCUUGUCAUUGUGGGAGACGGAGCGUGUGGGAAGACCUGCCUCCUUAUCGUCUUCAGCAAGGACCAGUUCCCAGAGGUGUAUGUCCCCACCGUCUUCGAGAACUAUGUGGCUGACAUCGAGGUGGAUGGAAAGCAGGUAGAACUUGCCCUGUGGGAUACCGCGGGCCAAGAGGAUUACGACCGCCUGAGACCCCUCUCUUACCCUGACACAGAUGUCAUCCUCAUGUGCUUUUCCAUUGACAGCCCCGACAGUUUAGAAAAUAUCCCUGAGAAGUGGACUCCGGAGGUGAAGCACUUCUGUCCCAACGUGCCUAUCAUUCUGGUGGGGAACAAGAAGGAUCUGCGUAACGACGAGCACACGCGCCGGGAGCUGGCCAAGAUGAAGCAGGAGCCGGUGAAGCCAGAGGAGGGCCGCGACAUGGCCAACAGGAUUAGUGCUUUUGGAUACCUGGAAUGCUCUGCCAAGACAAAGGACGGAGUACGGGAAGUGUUCGAGAUGGCCACCCGGGCUGCCUUGCAGGCCAAGCGUGGGCGUAAGAAGAACCCGUGCCAGCUGCUGUAAUCCUUCCCCCAGCCUGCCUUCCCUGCCUGCCAGCCAAGCCAGUGAGCUGUCAGCUUCCAGGCUUGCCUCCUGUCUGAUACACCGCUGGGGGGCAGGACUGGCCCGGCCUCUCAGAGGGCGAGCCUGCUUAGAGCUGUGCUGGGGGGCAGGGGUGGUUCUUCUGGAGCAUGGCAACUAACUACGGGGGUGGGGUUCCCAAGCCUGCCCCGGGCUUCUCCCAUCACUGUGCGGGGGGGGGGGGUGGCAUUUUCCCCUUAGGCCCUCCCAAAAAAGGAGAGAAGGUGCUGGCCCCUGAUGGGUCGGGUGGGGGGCGGGUUCCUAGGCCUUCUGCCCGCUUGCUCACUGGCUCGCAGCGGUCUCGGCGCUCUCCUUGGCAGCCCUGGCACUACACUGCCCUUGGCUGUUCUUUUGUCAAAGGCUUACCCUGCCAAAGUGUGGAAGCCCUCUGUUUCACUUAACGGUCAGAGCCUUGGAUUGGAGCCUCCAGUCCCCUUGCCCUCGGAAAGGGCUGUUGAUUCAUUAAAAAGCGUCACUCCUUCAGGGCAGGAGGAGAAUCUAGUCCUCCAGCACAAUGGGCAAGUUAAACCUCUUUGCACCUCUUAUCCCGGGUCCCUCAGCUGGUUUUCUCUACUAAUUGGCUCCCUGAUCUCUGGGAGGCGGCAGAACCCCUGGGAGCUGUCUGGGAGCAGGCAGCCCAGCCCAAAGGCCACCUCAUAUCAGUUUGUCCUCGGGGUGGGUGGGGGGCAUCUCAGUAAAAGAGCAUCAGGUUCUCCCAAACCGAAUUUUCUCCACUUCGAUAUUUAUCUCCUGACAGCAGAGCCGGGGAGCUCCCUUUCCAUCAAACUGCCCCAGGAGACUGGGCCGUAAAGCCUGGCCCCUUUUCUAGCAAAAUAACUAUAUUUGUAAGCAGAGGUGCUAUGGGGCCAGUUUGUUGCUGUUGGGCGGCUCUCUGAACCUCCCGUGGCUGGAAUAACCACUGCCACAGCUCCCAAGUGCAAAGGACCGACUCUGCUUCUCUUUCUCUCUGCUUCUCUUCACUCCUGCUUUUCUUCCCCAUUCCCCUGACCCUUCGUACUCACUGCAUUGCCACCUGGGGUGUAUGGUUUUUGUGUUAAAUUUGUAUUCACAUGUUUCUUUAAAAAAAGCAGAAGUGGUUGUUAACUUUUCAAAAUGUACUUGAAAAACAAAAUCUGUAAUAAAUUUGUAGCAAUGUUUAGUA